GUCAAGCAAGGUAACGUUGUACCGUACAUACACAACCGGCUGGUUGACUGUACGUGCCAACCUAAACCGUAGCUUUCACAUUUAACCUGUCACCGAGCGAGGCGUCAGGUGUACAAAGAAUAACAGCCCUCAAACGUAAAUCACCGUCGUUUUAUUUAGUCCGGCGAAAGAACAAGAGCUUCGCAUGACUUCGGGCUGCUCGUAAGGCUGUAUCGUCCUUUGGCUGCCCUCGACCACCCUCUGCAGACCGCGACAAGCGUGGGUCUACCGGCACCGGCCUUGAUGAGCAGAGAUCUCAGGCACUGAGGGCGGAGCCUAAUGGAUCAUGGUGGUCAGUGUGAGUGGGAGGCUCCGGUCAUGUCCCAGUGUGAGGGGGACCGAAUUAGUGACAACCCGCCAUGCCCCAAGCCCCUUGGCAGCCAGAACCUUAACCUGACAGAGACGCGUACACCCUGUCGGACAAACACGCUCACAAGAGAGCACUCCCCAGUGGAGGACAUCGGGGUUUGCAAACCCGGGCAGAGUCCCUCUGACAACAACGGUGUGGUCCCGGACACCUUCCCAUUAGGGAGCAGAGACGACGAGGACGAAGGUGAAGAUGAGCUGAUGAAGGAGGUGGACGAAUCAGAGGAAUCCUCCGGUUUUAUUGACUCCCGGUCGCCAAGCACCCCCAUGACCGACUCCUCCUUCUCCGAAACCGGCAGUCUGCUAGAGACCCCCUUCAGCCCAGGCACCAGCCCAGUGCCUUCCUCUCCUCUGAAUAUUGGGGCUGCUCCCGGGGUCUCGUACCCUCUAUAUGGCCCAGUGCAACCCGGUCAGCAGGAUCCAGACGUGGACUCCCGUUUCCCAAACACUGUGUCUGGAGAUGCAGGUGGAGGAUUUGUUUCCUGCACCGCUGGGCACACCUACACGACUGGACCUGUUGGAUCUCCUCGAUUAACAUGCACAUCAACCUCGGGGCCCGCCGGCCCUUCCACGCCCCCGUGCAUCGAUGGAGCCAUAACAACCGCCGGGAUAGAGGCUUUGAACUCAUCGAGUUGGUCCACUACCUCGGAGACGGUGCAUUCCACCGGGCCUACCUGUAGCAACGCAUCCGUCCUUGGUUCGGACGGGGAACCUAUGCCUCCCAAAACAGAAGGCAGCACGUCAACAGAAGCUUGCCAUGUAGAUCUCUCCACUUCUGUUGCAGGACAGAUCAGCGCCACGACCGAAACCCCUGGUACUCGACCCACCCCCUGCAGCACAGAACCCUUCCACUCUCAAACAGCACCCAAAGGAUCCGUCUCCCUUGUCACCUGCGCCAAGGGGCCCUCCACCUCCUCCACACCCGGGCACACCUCCAUGUCUGCUCCCACCUCGGCUACAGGACCCACUCCCCGCCCUGCUUUGCUGGCCUGCCUGGAGGAGUUGGAGCACAGAGCAGAUGAUAACCACCUGCCGCAGUACCUCCACCAGAUUGCUGAGGCCUUUGUGAACCAAGAAGACUACCGGAGAGCUAUUUGGUGCAUACAGUUGGAGAGGCUCUAUCACCAGAGACUACUGGAAAACCUCAGUUCUCUACAGAAGCAGUGGGAACGCAGCUGUAGAAGCACCUCGACCUCUGAUCUGGAAACCCAGCUCGACACCCUCGCACACAUCUGUCAGACACACAACAGACCGGCUGCUAGCAAUGCUCUGUGUGCGUCUUUAGAGCUUCUGAAGGCUUCUAUGACUCACGACGAAAAGCCUCCGGGUGAGCUGACCUCAUGCACCUCAGGCCAUUUGACUGAAGGAGAGUUGGAGGUGGGGCAGAGAGACACCGAAACCCGCCUCACGGGGAAGAUGCAACCAAUCAAAUCCUCUACAGGCAUGGAUCAUUUUGAUGAUGUGCGGCCAACAGCUGGAGAGGAGAGCGCUGGAACAAGCAACGGACUGGGAGGGAGAGCGGUUCACACAGCUCCACCUAUCACAGCAGGAAGUGGGAUCCCCCCCGCCACCGGGGCAGAAAUGGACUGGUCCAAACCUGCUGGGAGCCAGGGUGUGGAGGGAGAGGCGACACAGGAGAAGCACAGAGAGGAAGAGGAGGAGAGGGGAUCAUGGGAGUCUCAAGAGGAUGCACAUGCUCUGGAGAUGGAGGAUAAGGGGGGAGGAGGAGAGGUGGAGGAGGAGGGUGGAGAAGCUGUCCCCGAGGAUACAGAGUUGAGGGGGAUAGAGGAGGUAGUGCCACUGCUGCAGCAAGAAGCCGUUGCUGAGGAGAACCAGUGGGAGGUGACCCAGCUGGGCCUUCACUCCCAGCCGUGGGAGGAGGAAGGAGCCCAGCUAGAGCAGGAGGAGCAGGAUUAUGGACCAGACAUCAUCAAAGAAUCCUACCAUCUAGACGACCAGGCCAAACUCAUCUCUGUAGAGGAGGUGAUGCCUGCCUGUGGCCUGAUCUCCAUACUGAAGAAGCGCAGUGUGUGUGUGUCUGAGUGCCCUGAACCCGUCAAAGCUGCCGCUAAGAGACGGGUGCGUUUCAAAGUCGCUGACGACGGAUACAAUCAAGAGGUCGGAGGAGGGGACUCGUGCCUGCUCCUCUUCCUGCUUUGCCUCGUCACCGUGGUGAUCAGUGUCGGAGGGACGGCUCUCUACUGCGCCCUGGGCGACGCCCACUCCACCGUCUGCCAGGACUUCUCCCGCAACGCAGACUUCUACGUGGGCCAGAUGCAGCGCGGCAUCUCCCACCUGCAGCACUGGCUGGCGCCCGGGUCGUAGCGGGGGGGGGCCGCCGCAGAGCAGGAGUGGAGCGCCCGGCACCUCGGCCCCUCUUUAACCAGGGGGGGGGGGCCAAACAACACGAUUCGAUGCGUCUUUCGAGAUCUUUUUUUUUUUAUCAAAGUACAUUUUGCAAGGCGGAAGAAAUAUUAUUCCUCAAUAGCCUGGGAGACCCAGGAAAGCACACACGGCAACACACACACACACGCAUAAAUAUGAAAACAAACAAUUAUGUACGCUCACUUGAAGGGGAAAUAAACCUGUACAACACUGAAUCGCAGAUCAUGAGAUUCGACCCCCGUCGUUCAAGAUGUCAUCAAGCUGCCUUGUCGAUGUGUUUAGCAAAACGGCGCACACUCUCAACGCUGUACAGAUUGUGUGUCUGAAGCCAACAGAACUCCACAGAUGGAAGAAAAUGGUGGCCCUCUUGCCUGUGGUGUGUUUAUAUCUUUUUAAGUCUUAUCUGAAAUUUAACUUCUGAAAGAAAGUCUUAUAACGUUACUAUUGCUCGAAUGGUACGACUUGUAAUCUUUUACCUUUGCAUCAGGUCAGUUGUUGACACGCCAUGUGGUGACCUAAACAGGGAGUUUGUGUUUCUCUUUUUCUGAUCAGUUUUCACUGAAAAGGCCUGGAUCAAGAUGCCUCGUUAGAUUUGUACCUUGGGGGGGGGGAUAUGUGACCAUCUGUCACUCUGCUAUCGCAACAUUUAUAACAACUUAUUUAACGACUCCAUGAAUCCACUGAUUUUGUUGUCAACUCCUUUCUUCAAAAACUAUAUUCAGUUAGCCUAUAUGCAGCAAAACCUACCAAAAACUGGUCAUUACAGCAUUAUAUCACUUUUCCAUAGCAAUUAUUUGAGUACAGAUUGUAGAGUAAACGUGUGAGGUGUUAACCAAGCCUGGUUGGAAUGCCGAAUGCAUGAGAAGAUGAAAUAAUCAGGUUAAGUUAAUAUUUUUGGCAGUUCAUUGCUAACGUGUUUACUAUUCACUAUGCUAACUUUAGGGCACAUGUAGCUGGAAGAUAUGUUAUUGUUUGAUAAAUGUAAACAGUUCACAUUGUAUCAUAUAAUAUUUAAUAUAAUUGUCAUUACAUUUUAAUGCUAAAUUAUCUGAUUUUCCCAGUUCAUCCCUCCUGACAUAAUGGCCAUACAUGAAUGCAGUAGUCAAUGCCAUAUUAGUAACACAGGAAAUACCACCUGUGCAUUUUUUAAAUCUUAACGACCAAAUAUUUGUUUGAGGUACAUGUUUCUUCUUUUAUCUUUUUUGUGCUUCGUAUGCACGUCUUCUGGCUGGUUCAGAUGACCGUCGCUUAAAAAACAUACCUCUUAGAUUUCUGCUACUAUUUAUGUUGCUAGGCCAGAUGUAAUAUUAAAUAUCAAUGGUUUAAAAAGGGGAAAAAUGCAUUUACAUGUGUUGCUGUUUAAUACUUUAAAUGAGUUUGAUAUUUUAAUUUGUUCUCUCAUACUUGUGGUUAAGGAGACAUUAGAAAAGCAAUAUUUCUGUUGAGUUCAUUCUUAAAACUCGCUUCCUUCAUCUUAAGUGAUUUGUCUUUAAAAAUCUAUAUUUGUGUGUCUUCGUUCAUUUGUGUCUUUGAAAAUUUCUUAUGAUGUUGUGGUUGUCGUUACUUUGCACUCUUACCAUUGCAUCAUUUUGGACACUCUUAAAUUAGAAUUUCAACAUGUCUCCGAUGAUUUAACAGAGGAAUAAACUUGAUAUUCGGUGAAUUAACAA